AGAGGGAGCAGAGACCGUGAGAGAGUCAGCGGCCAGUCAGCGAGCCGCAGCCGGACGGAACCGCGACGAAAAGCACGAUGUUCUCCCAGCUCUGUCCUGACACCCUCUGGGUCCUGCUGCUCAGCCUCCUCUUCAUCCCUGCAGCACAGACAGCAAAAUGCCCACAGGAGUGCAUCUGUGACCAGAUUCAGCUCACUGUGACCUGCGUCAACAAGAACCUGACCCAAGUUCCUCCUACUGUUGACGAGAUCACGGUGAAAUUAGAUCUUCGAGGCAACGACAUCCAGGAACUUCCCACCGGGGCUUUCAAACACACUCCCUACCUGACUCACCUGUCGAUGCAGCGCUGUAACAUCCGCAGGGUGAAGGAAGGGGCUUUCCGCGGCCUCGGUCGCCUGGUCUUCCUCAAUCUGGCCAACAACAAUAUUGAAAUCCUCUACCAGGAGUCCUUUGACGGCCUGUCCUCCCUGAAACAACUCAUGAUCGACCGAAAUCGUGUGGAAGAGAUCCAGCCCGGAGCUUUCUCUCAGCUCGGCUUCCUCAACCUGCUAUCGCUUACACACAACCAGCUGGUCUACAUCCCCAACAUGGCCUUCCAGGGUUUGCAGAACAUCAAAUGGCUUCGUCUUAGUCACAACUCUCUAAACUACCUGGACACUGAAGCCUUCGCUGGUCUGUUCACGCUCACCCGUCUCAGUCUGGACCACAAUGAACUGCAGUUCUUCCCCACUGAGACCAUGACCAGACUCCCAGAGGUGACCCGUCUUGAUAUGAGUAACCCGAUGACUUACCUCGGCGAGGAGGUUGUGUCCAUGGCCAAACUGACCCAUCUCUUCCUGGACCACAUGUCCCUGCAGGACAUGGCCAACACAGCUGUAUCAAAAUGCCCCAACCUCGUCCACCUGGACAUCAGCAACAACCAGCUGCGAGUCAUCCAGCCCUUCUCUGAAGGUUCACCCAAUUUGGCACGCCUCAACCUGGCUGGGAACCCCAUCUACUGCAACUGCUACCUGCGUCCACUCAGGGAGUGGUCAAUCCGGAACAAGGUGAAGCUGAUAGGAACAUGUGGAGGACCGGCCCAUCUGUCGGGGGAAAACCUGGAGGCCGUUCAGCCUCCUGAGCUGCGCUGUCAGAGCCAGGAGGCCAUGCUGAAGGCCGAGUUCGAGGAGGCAACCCGGAUCACACGACCCACACAAGAACCGGAGAACAAGGUCAAGUGUCCUGCCAACUGUGUCUGCGAGGCUGAGACGCACCACUCCUCGUGUGAGAACCGCGGUCACACCAAAGUCCCUCGGGGUUUCUCUCCCAACACACGUCUCCUCGACCUGCGUGGCAACCACUUCCACUACAUCCCCAGCAACAGCUUCCCCGGUGUCGCCCAGGUUGUAUCCCUGCAUCUGCAGCGCUGCAAGAUCGUGGAGGUGGAGGGCGGGGCUUUCAGUGGCAUGAAGGGACUGAUCUACCUGUACCUGUCGGAGAAUGACCUCACAUCCCUCAGCCCUGACGCAUUUAAAGGCCUCCCUCAGCUGACAUACCUCCACCUUGAGAAGAACCGUUUCACCGGUUUCCCCAAAGGGGCCUUCAAACUGGUGCCCAGUCUGCUGGCGCUUCACCUAGAGAACAACUCCAUCCCCAAGCUGGAGGCAGACAUCCUGGCCGGAGCUGAGGGCCUCAGAGCACUCUACCUCACCGGGAACGCCAUCGAUCAUGUGUCACCCAGGGCUCUGGACCAGGCCGGGGACCUCGAUACGCUCCACCUGGGAGGGAACAAGCUGAAGGAGGUGCCCACUGAGGCGCUGAGCAAGGCGGGAAACCUCAGAGACCUGAGGCUGUCUGGGAAUUCAAUUCGCUGGGUGGGGCCAAAUGCUUUCCGACCUUUGGAGAGAACACUGAAGGAGCUGUAUCUGGAUAACAUGGGACUGGAGAAGAUGUCACAGAACUCCCUGGCAGGCGUGGGUCCAGGCUUGAGGAGUCUCUUCCUGGAGGGAAACCAGCUGGAGGAGGUGCCUGACUUCAACCCUCUCACUUCCUUGGAGGUCAUCAACCUGGCCGACAAUCCUCUGAUGUGCGACUGCCCUCUGCUGCCACUACGCAUGUGGAUUGAGCAAGUUAAUCUGAAGGUACGUGCCACCUGCGCCAAUCCCCCUGAACUGAGGGGUCGCAGGGUCAAGGACGUCCACGUCUUCAAAGCCUGUCCUGGGGGCGAGAGCCUCCCUUCUCCCCCAACCCCAAAGCCUGCCAAUGCACCCAAGGCAACCAAACCCAAACCAAUGCACCUCAACGGCCUUCGGCAGGUGAAAAUGCUCAAGGCUAAAUCCAAACUUCGCAAAAGUCCAACCACAAAACCGGCAGCAGCUAAGAAAACCACCAAGAGACGCAACAUAGCUUGAACCUGCUGCCGUUUGUACUGAUGUUUUGAGACAACCUUUCGAAGGUUAAACCACGGAUUCAACUUUCUACGACCUGCAGAGGCUGAUUUACACAUCCUGCCAGUCAGCUUUUCAUCAGUUUUGCAGUAUUUCAAUUUUGCUGUUUCAUCAAAAAGAUUUUCUUUCAUCCGGGGAACCUACACCGAGCAUGCAUGCUCUUUUUCUGCACUGCUCGUCUUCACCUUCACAGCAUUAGAUUAACAUUCUCAUUGUGUCGAGCUCCUGAGCAGUUCUGUCGGACGUUUCAGUCUUGCUCAAAAAUGAUACAAUUUUUGGCUUCAUGCUAGUUAUCCUUAACCACUACAGCACAACGGCAGAAUGUACUUUACUAGAUAUCCCGAGUCAAGCUGAGGAACAGAAUUUUUUUAAUCAAUGGUUUUAUAUUCAUUUAAAAAAAGAACAUAUCUGGAUACAAAACAGGAAAAAAAUAAAACAUUACAAACACAUUUUUUUGUCUGCUAUGUCAACCCAGAAUGACCUUCAGAAUGGUAUUUACAGGUCAGAUUAUAAAUCGUGUUAAACUAAAAUCAAUUCUGCAUUAAUGUUACUGUGUAGUGGGACUGGGCAAUAUGGAGAAAUUGAGGUAGUUUUAAAUUGAAGGUUCAGUGUGUAGAAUUUAGUGGCAUCUAGCAGUGAGGUUUGCCCCUUUGCUAACUAAAGGUGGACUUAAGGCAACAUAAAAAUGCAAAGGCCCACUCUAAAGCCAGGGUUUGGUUUAUCCAUUCUGGGCGGUGUAACAUGGCGAUCUCCGUGGAAGAGGAUGUGCUCCCUGUGUAGAUAUAAACAGCUCCGUAAUUAAAACGUGAUGAUUCUUACUUUCAGGUGAUAAUAAACCAAUAAAAACAUAAUUAUAAAUAUUAUAUAUGACAUUUCUGGAAAUAGAUGCCGUUGAUCCUACACACUGUACCUUUAAGUUAAGUAUUGUUGGAGAAGGUCUUUUUAUGCAAUAAUGACUUUAAGGUGUGUGGAGUUAUAAGCCUUAAUAUUUUCAGAAAAUCAAUACUAUUUUUUUGGUCCGUAUAUUUUCAGCAAUAGCUAGUCAAUGUGUCUACAU